UCUUUGUAGAUAGUGUUUUAUAUGGGUCAGCUUUCUUUCCACGAGAGCGUUCACCAAACAGUCCGAUAGUUUACAUCUAAUGACGUUCAUCUCAUGUUUCCGCGGAUCAUUGUGGUCCAGUGACGGAGUCCUGAAAGCCAAGAGCGACAUCAAUUAUAAGCUGGUAGUCGCUUCGCUCUGGAUGCUGGUGUUUGCAACCGUCAAUAUAGUCUGCAACCUCCAAUUCGUUCUCUAUGCUUUCAUAUACUCCGGGAUCAAUCCUGUCGUUGCGUUCUUCGAUAUGUCCAAUCCGGCGAAUCUUUUGCUCCUGGUCACGGUUGUGGCACAGACAUUUAUGGGGGACUGCAUCCUUCUCUAUAGAUGUUGGGUCAUAUACGAUAGACGGUGGAUGGUUGUCAUUUGCCCUAUCGUUAUGUAUAUUGUCGAGACAGGAUGUGGUAUUGCUGCAGUGUAUAUCGAAACCACAAUCAGCCGUGGCUCCGUCGUCAUUAACCCGAAGAUAUUCCCCCUCCUCGCAACGUUCCAAGCCCUGACUCUGGCUACUAACAUCAUUGCCACAUCUCUGAUCCUUAUCCGCAUCUGGACGAUUCGUAGAGCAUUGUUAGAGCUCAUUCCUUCAGUCAAGAAUCACCUGUUAUCAAACGCGAUCUACGUAUUGGUUGAAUCCGCGUUUAUGUAUACCGCUUCUGUCAUCGUGAUGCUUAUCGUAUAUGUGCUACGAAGUAACGCUACUUAUAUCGUCUCCCAAGCCGUCGUUCAAAUCAUUGGAAUUGCUUUCAAUCUGAUUAUCAUACGUCUGGUGAAUGGCACCGCGGCGAAGUCAAUCCAAGAAACGCUAUUGUCUUUCAGGGCUUCGCCGCCCGACACGGUGCAGACGGAAGAACUAGAGCAGGCGGCGUCAUGGAAGAGAGAUGAUUUUGUAUCUUCGACAACACAGUGCAAUUCUGAAGAUAAUUGCCAGGACGUUUGAGUAUGGACCAUAGGCGCUUGCUAUUUAAUGUCCUCUCGUUAUGAUGACUGAUUUCCCAAACGCAUCAAGGUCACUAUGCCUACCGAUGAUGCGAGAGAUCAGUGCUCAGAAUCGUUCUUGUUCCAAAGUUGGAUGAGAGGUAGGACAUACCGCGUCCCCUGAUCAGGUACUGAAUACACUUGAGCGCACAGGCGC